AUGAGCUCUUUGAGGUCGUCUCUUCCUCGCUUCUCUUCCUUACUGCGCAAGAGACCGUUCUUCAUACCUUCUCACGGGCCACCUUUACCGCCGGGCAUAUUGGUUGAUGAAGAGAUCUCGCCAUUCUACAAUUCGAAGGGCUUCUACCCAGCUAAGCCUGGGGAAGUACUCGCUGAUCGCUACCAUAUUGUCGUCAAAGUCGGCUGGGGCGUGUCUUCAACCGUAUGGCUCGCGCUUGAUCUACAACGCCAUAUCGAAGAGCCGGAGACCAUCGUGGCACUGAAGAUCGCCAAUAACAAUGCGCACUAUGCCGGUCAUGAGCGCGAGGUUGAAGAGCAUAUUUCCACCGCAGACCCCUCACAUCGCGGUCGCUCACUAAUCCGCACAUUGCUCAACUCCUUUCAGGUCCAAGGCCCGGAAGGAUCUCACUCAUGUCUUGUGUACCCGCCUCUGAGGGAGCCCCUUUCGAGGUAUCAGCAGCACUUCGUUGAUGGGAGGAUGCCACUGCCCCUUAUCAAAUCUUACAUCCGUACCCUGCUCUCGGGGCUUGAUUAUCUCCACCAGGAAUGCAGGGUAGUCCAUACAGAUCUAAAGCUUGAGAACAUCAUGGUCUCCUCCGAGGAUCCGACCGUGCUCGCUGAUUUCAUAGAGUCUCAGCUUGCAAGGCCAAUGGCGUCCAAGAUUGACUCGACAGGACGGCCAGUGUACCAAUCCCGUAACGAUUUCGGCCCACUCAAAAGCCUCAAGAGUAUUCCCCAGCUUGUCGACUUUGGCCUGGCCACCCGACUGGCGGAAGAAGAUGACUGGGGCAUCUGGCCAAUUCAGCCAGACCACUACCGAGCGCCAGAGGUGAUCCUGGGUAUUGGAUGGCAAAUGCCUGCCGAUAUUUGGAAUUUGGGUGUUCUGUUGUGGGAUCUUGUCGGAGGUAGGGAGCUGUUUCAGCAUAUCCACGAUCAACACGGUCGCUAUGAUGCAAAACUGCACAUCGCGCAAAUGAUAGCCUUACUUGGUCCCCCGCCUCCCGAAAUCUUGCAGAGGUAUCAAUCCAUGCGCGAGUUUUCGUUACCGGGACAUGUCCGACGAGAAGACGGCAGGGUAUGCGAGACCGCGGAAGAGUACUUUUGUGGGCCGUUCUUUGACAAUUAUGGUCGCUUUCUCUACGAGGAUCUGAUUCCCGACCGGCAUCCCGGCGAUACGGUUUCCUUCUUCCAAGGAGAGGAGAGAGAGGCGUUUCUGGAUCUCGUCGGGCAAAUGCUUCUCUGGAAUCAUAAUUACCGACGACUGGCAGGCGAACUGGCGGGGCAUCCUUUUCUUCAACCGCAGAAUUGA